AUGUCUAUUGUCAAGAUCCACGCUCGAGAGAUCUUUGAUUCUCGUGGAAACCCAACUGUGGAGGUCGACCUUUACACUGACAAAGGCUUGUUUAGGGCGGCUGUACCAAGUGGAGCAUCAACUGGAAUCUACGAAGCCUUGGAGCUCCGGGACAAUGACAAGUGUCGCUACCUUGGGAAAGGCGUCUCAAAGGCUGUAGAAAACAUAAACUCAGCCCUUGCACCUGCACUUGUCUGUCAAUAUGUAUCUGUGGUUGAGCAGGAGAAAAUUGACCAGAUGAUGAUUGAAAUGGACGGAACAGAUAACAAAUCCAAGUUUGGAGCAAAUGCGAUCCUGGGUGUGUCUCUGGCUGUUUGCAAAGCUGGUGCAGCAGAGAAAGGAGUCCCCCUGUAUCGUCACAUUGCUGACCUCGCAGGAAACCCUUAGGUUAUCCUACCUGUGCCGGCCUUUAAUGUGAUCAACGGCGGCUCUCAUGCAGGAAACAAGCUCGCAAUGCAGGAAUUCAUGAUCCUGCCCAUUGUUGCGAGCACCUUCAAAGAAGCCAUGCGCAUUGGAGUCGAGGUCUACCACAAUCUCAAAAACGUCAUCAAGAAGAAAUAUGGACAGGAUGCCACCAAUGUAGGAGAUGAAGGUGGUUUUGCCCCAAACAUCUUGGAAAUCAAGGAAGCGCUGGAGUUGGUGAAAGAGGCCAUUGCCAUAGCAGGAUACACAGAUGAGGUUGUGAUUGGUAUGGAUGUGGCAGCAUCUGAAUUCUACCGUGAGGGAAAAUACGACCUGGACUUCAAGUCUCCUGAUGACCCAAACCGUUACAUCACUCCUGACGAGCUGGCUGAUCUCUACAAGAGCUUUGUGAAGGAUUAUCCAGUGGUUUCCAUUGAGGAUCCCUUUGACCAGGACGACUGGGCUGCCUGGACCAACUUCACUGGGAGCAUGGACAUCCAGGUCGUUGGAGACGAUCUGACUGUUACCAACCCCAGUCGCAUCAGCAAGGCUAUGGAAUCCUGCAACUGUCUGCUGCUGAAAGUCAAUCAGAUCGGCACAGUCACCGAGUCGAUGAAAGCCUGUAAGAUGGCGCAGGAGAGCGGCUGGGGUGUGAUGGUCAGCCAUCGCUCUGGCGAAACUGAGGACACCUUCAUCGCAGAUUUGGUGGUCGGCCUUUGCACUGGACAGAUCAAGACUGGGGCACCUUGUCGCUCUGAGCGUUUGGCCAAAUACAACCAGAUUCUUAGAAUUGAAGAGGAGUAGGGGGACAAGGCUCAAUUCACUGGAAAAAACUUCAGAAAACCAUUGUAA